AUGAAAACUACUGAUAAAUCAAAUAUUCCUUUAAUUUCAAAUAGUUUUGUAACAUGUUAUUCAGAUUAUCUUGUUAUACAUUUAUAUUAUUUUCCAUUUGGUAAUAAAAAAGUUAAAUAUAGUGAUAUUCGAUUAUGUGAAUUUCAUUCAACAGAUGAACUUGACAUAUUUUCAUAUAAAUUAUGGGGAAUGUCACUUACACCUGUUUGGUGGCAUUGUGAUAUGAAACGUUUUAUGCGAAAAAAUUAUAUUUUAUUAGAUAAAAAUCAUUGGCCUUUAAUUGGUCUAACUAUGGAUGACAAUAUUCUAAUUAAUGUUUAUAAUUUAAUUAAAGAAAAAAUGUCUUCUAAUCAAUCGAAUAUUUAUAAUGAAAAAAAAAUGCCACUUCAAGUUGGUGAUCAAGCACCUGAUUUUACUUUAUACAACACAGAUAGAAAAGAAGUUUCACUUAAGGAUUUAACAUCAAAAUCAAAUGCUGUUUUAUUAUUUUUUCCACUAGCAUUUACUAGUGUAUGUACACAAGAAUUAUGUUCAGCUCGAGAUGAUAUUAAAAAAUAUGAAAAAUAA